AUGUCUCGCAAUAUUCAAGAAUAUAUCAAUAAUUUAGUAAAUAAGCCAAGAGUUUAUUAUUUGGAUCUUAACAAUCACUUCCAAAAACAAGGUUAUCAGUGUUUUACUUGUCACCAAAACUUACAAGGAGUAAAUGUUUCUAACAAUCAGAUCACUAGUUUAAAUUUUUUAAAUACUUUACCUAAUAAGGACAAAUUAAAAGGCAUUAAUCUGUUUGGUAAUCAGAUCAAAGAGAUAGAUUUUGCCGAAUUAUUUACUAACUUUCCCAAUUUAGAGAAAAUAAAUUUACAAAAUAAUCCCUUAUUCGCUAAAAACUUGGAAAAUCUAACUAGUGAACAAUUUGCUAAAUUAAUCCAAGGUAUCAAAGAAAAGAAAAUUAGAGUUGACUCCUUUAAAGGAACAGUUUUAAUGGAUUUAUUGGAAUACACUCAAAACUUAAUUAAAAAUGGCGAUAAUUCCCAAAGACAACAGGCUUAUCAAUUACAAGCCGUUUUACAAAGCAGUCCCAUUGAAAACGAACAACAGCCCAAUAAAAACAACAAACUCUUGACUAUGAAUAAAAAACAACAACUUUUAACUUCUUUAAUUAGUGAAAUCAAUAAACCUCAACCCAAAAAAGAAGCAAUUGUUAAAGGCUUAUCCGAAUUAGAAACCGAAACUAAAAAAGACUGUUCGCAUUGUCAGCAUAAGAAAUAUGCCGAGCAAAUUUCGGCAAUAAAGGAGGGAAAAUGA